AUGCUUCGUCUCAGGUUUGAAGAUCCUCGUUUGGUCAGUUUAAUGGGACUCGACAUAGUGCUGUCGCUCAGCUGCGCCAAUGUGGCAGGAACUCUUCUCAUCAGCAUUUAUGACCGCAUUGUGGCGUGUCAUGGAAUGGUCAAGAGUGUGACACUAAACACUUGUGAGGAUUUGAACUCCGGUCGUCCACACGAACCAAAUGAAAAGGAAUCAACUCCUCGUGUGAAUGAAACAUCAUGUCUGAAUCGGUUCAUACAGGAAGCUGCUACUCUUGCAUUGCAAAAGGAUCUUGUUAAAUUUGACCACAGUAUACUGAUCAAAACAAAGCAACGUAGUAUACUGACUUAUUUCCUAAAUACCCAUCAUUAUCUUUAUAACUGCAGGACUACAUUUGCCAAGAUACACUGGUUUGUGGUCAUUCUCUGUGUGUUUGGCUUCGUAGAGGGAGCUUCAGUCAAUGGCCUUGUGAGUAUCUCUCUCACAACAUUGGAGACGCGCUUCCAACUGCAGCUGUAUACUCCUUACCCUAGCAUCGACAUCACCCCAGCUGACCGGCGUUGGGCGGGAGCCUGGUGGAUCGGCUUUGUGGUCACGUGUGUCCUGUACGUGUUGCUCACGCCUCUCAUCUCAGUCUUUCCCAGGACCAUAACAGGUUGGCUCUUGUGGAAACAAUGGGUGAGUAACCCGGUGUUUGUGCUGGUUGUCCUGGUUGGGUCAGCAGAAACUCUCAUCAUCCAGGGCCUGGCGGCGUUCUCGGCCAAACUUCUGGAGGAAAAGUUCAACUACAACCCGGCGGACGCUGGACUAGUCAUAGGGGCGGUGACCCUGCUUGGCGGGGCCGGUGGGAUGGUCCUCGGUGGUGUCGUCAUCAGAAAGUUUCAUCUACAAGUGCCCGGAAUGAUCAAACUUUGCAUUGCCAUGUCUGCAGUCGCCCUGACUUUCGGUGCCGCCUUUUUCAUCAACUGCCCCGAGGUCAGAACUUCUGGGAUUAAUUCAGGAUCCCAACUGCUCACCCCUUGCAACUCGGCCUGCCGCUGUACCACGGAGGAGUAUGAGCCAGUGUGUGGAGUGGACGGCACUGUCUACGUCAGUCCGUGCCAUGCUGGGUGCACUAUCGUCGCCUCGGAGGACGGGCCUAAUAAAGUACGGUUGCGGGUGGUUGACGGGUGCUCUACUUUUACUCACUCAAACGCAAGCUUUUUCUCGUUCUGUCCUCCUCAGCAAUUCUCAAAUUGUUCAUGCGUCCAAGCUGCUGUCAUUGCCGGAAGCGGAAGUACGCCUUCCCCCGGCUGGCAGGCGGAAGCGAGCAGCGGAGAAUGUGCUUCCGACUGUCUGUUGGUGUGGCUGUUUAUCCCUCUGCUCUUCCUCGCCAUGUUAGCCACCUUCACCACUGUCACCCCAGUCUCCAUGGCCAUACUCAGAUGUGUUCCUGAAAACGCCAAAUCUUUGGGACUCGGCAUACAGUGGGUGUCGCUACGACUGUUUGGCACGAUUCCUGGUCCCGUUCUGCUUGGGGUGAUCCUGGACAACACCUGUGUGCUGUGGCAGGAAACGUGCGAAGGCCAAGGAUCGUGCUGGGUGUACGACAGGUACACCAUGAGCUGGUCGCUGUUCGUCUGGUGGGCCGUCAUCAAAGUCUUCAGUGGGCUCACUUAGUGGGCUCACGCUAUCCGGGGCUCUGUUUCUCUAUAAAAUCAGUGUUCUUUUAUCUCGUACUUGU